CAUCAACAAUGGUUGUUGUUUCUGUACUCAACUUUCUGUUCUUAGCCACAUUUUGCAAAGGGGCCAAAGUGCUUGUCGUUAUACCGACUCCGGCUUUCAGCCAUGCAACCUUUGCCAGUGUCCUAUACGAAGAAUUGGCACAUAGAGGACACGAAGUCACUGCCUUCACCGGAUAUCCAUCCGAUACAAAGCAUGCUAACCUGAAAGAGAUCGAACUAUCUAAGCCCAUCACCAUAGAAACGGACAUCACCGAAGCCCUAAAUGCGAACAGCGUCCUCAUGAACUUCUAUUUGCAAUGGAAGUUCCUGCAGGCCUGCGACAAAGUCUACACGAAUAAAGAGAUGCAGAAGUUACUGCUGAACGGUACAUUCGACUUAGUGAUGAUCGAGUGGAACGUCGUGCCGUGUUUUUCCAUCUUGGCCGAACACUUCAAGGCGCCUCUAAUUGGGAUUCGUUCGUUGGGAUUGAGAUUGGAAGGUUACGAUUACAUCGCGAAUCCCACAAAUCCUUCCUACAUUAGUAUAGCUUACAAUAGGCAUACGGAGAGUUUCUGGGGACGGCUGAACGAUCUGCUCUUUUCGAUUUACUGGAGAUUGCAACAUAACCUCGUGACCAUACCAAAAGCUCAACAAUUGGUCCAAAAAUAUUUCCCUUCGUAUACGGGCAGCGUCGUCGAAAGCGAAAAGAAAGUCGCAUUGAUUUUCACCAAUACGCAUUACGUGAUCAACGGAGUUAGACCGAAUGUCCCAGCCAUAGUCGAGCUUGGUUUACUUCACGUCGGACAAAAGAAGAAACCCUUGACAGAGGAUUUGAAUACGUUUCUGAAUGAAAAUCCGUAUGGCUUCGUUUUCUUCAAUUUAGGAACAUUGAUUAAAACGAAGUUUUUGGAUUCGAGGAUUUUCCAACACUUUGGUAAGCUGCCAUUUAAUUUCCUUAUAAAAUUGGAUUCGUCGUUGGAUAAUUUACCGAGAAACGUGAAAAUGGAUAAAUGGUUUCAGAACGAGGCCAUUCUAACACAUCCAAAUAUUAAAUUGUUUAUUACGCACGGAGGACUGCUCUCUUUGCAAGAGGCCAUUUACCAUGAAGUUCCCAUGAUCGUGAUUCCAUUCCUCUUCGAUCAGCCAUACAAUGCGUACAGGAUGGAAGAAUUGGGAAUUGGAAAGACCAUACAAUACCGUGAUGUGGGAGGCCCCAACUUUUUAGAUGCCAUCUUAAAUGUUACAGCGGAUACAACAUAUAAAGUUAAUAUAAAAUACGUAUCUAAACUGGUUAAAGACCAUAUGUUAUCUCCUAAAGACAAAGCUAUUUGGUGGGUCGAAUACGUUUUGAGGCACAGAGGAGCUCCUUACAUAAAAAGCAAAGCCGUCCACAUGAAUUGGUUUACCUACUUAUUACUAGAUGUUGUUUUCUUUUUAAUUGUAAUUAUUUAUUUGAUCUGUUUCUUAGCCAACAAAUUUUUCACAACCAUAAAGAAAAUAAAAACUGAGUGA